UUUUCACUCCCCCAAUUUUCACUAUGUCCAAAGGUAAGGUUUUGUUGGUUCUCUACCAAGGUGGCGAACAUGCCAGACAAGAAAAGAAGUUAUUAGGUUGCGCCGAAAACGAAUUAGGAAUUCGUAAGUUUGUCGAAGACAACGGUUAUGAAUUGGUGACCACCUCGAACAAGGACCCAGAACCAAACUCGGUUCUUGACAAGGAACUUGCUGACGCCGAAAUCGUCAUCACCACUCCUUUCUUCCCUGGUUACAUUACCAAAACCAGAAUUGCAAAGGCUCCAAAGUUGAAGAUUGCCAUCACUGCUGGUGUUGGUUCUGACCACGUUGAUCUUAACGCAGCCAACGAAAGAAAGAUCACUGUUGCUGAAGUCACCGGUUCCAACGUGCAAUCUGUUGCUGAACAUGUUCUCAUGACCAUGUUGGUUUUGGUAAGAAAUUUCGUCCCAGGCCAUCAACAAGCCAUUUCUGGUCAGUGGGAUAUUGCUGGCGCUGCAAAGCAAGAAUUCGACAUGGAAGACAAAGUCUUCUCAACAGUUGGCGCUGGUAGAAUUGGUUACCGUGUCUUGGAAAGAUUGAUUGCAUUUAACCCCAAGAAGUUGUACUACUACGACUACCAAGACUUGCCAGUUGAAGCAGUUCAGAAGUUGAACGAAGUUUCCAAGAUCCUCAAUGGUAGAGACAACAUUGUCGAAAGAGUUGAAAGUCUUGAAGAAAUGGUUUCGAAGUCUGAUGUCGUCACCAUUAACUGUCCAUUGCAUGAAAAGUCCAAGGGCUUGUUCAACAAGGAAUUGAUUUCAAAGAUGAAGAAGGGAUCUUAUUUGGUCAACACUGCUAGAGGUGCCAUCUGUGUUGCAGAAGAUGUAGCUGCCGCACUUGAAUCUGGUCACUUGGCUGGCUACGGUGGUGAUGUCUGGAACCAACAGCCUGCUCCUGCUGACCAUCCAUGGAGAUCUAUGACUAAUCCAUAUGGCUACGGUAAUGCCAUGACACCACAUGUCUCUGGUACCUCUCUUGAUGCCCAGGCAAGAUAUUCCGAAGGAGUCAAAAACAUCUUGAAAGAGUACUUCUCUGGAAGAGAGAACUACAGACCUCAAGAUGUAAUUGUCAUCGACGGUGAUUAUGCUACCAAAUCCUAUGGUCAAAGAAAUUUAAUCGCCUGAAAAUUCAACGAAUGUUGUUUACGUUUUUGUUUUAGAUCCCUUUAUUAUUCACUAGUUUUUUUGCUAUUCGAGUUUUUAUCUAGUGAUUGAAUAACUUUAUAUAUGAAAUUUGAUGAACCUUUUAAGACUUG